AUGAAGAAGCAGUCUACUGGUGACAGUGAGAACCAGACCACCUGGCUGAUCCUAGUGGGCUUCAGGGAGCUGCAGCACUUGGGCUUUCUCCCCUUUGCCCUCUUUCUGGCCAUCUAUGUGGUGACAGUCGGGGGCAACACCCUCAUCUUGCUGGCUGUGGUUUCCAGUAGGACGCUCCACACCCCCAUGUACUUCUUCCUCUGCCACUUCUCCCUGCUGGAGAUUGGUUACACCUCCAACAUCAUACCUCAGCUGUUGCGAAGUUUCCUGGAAGGGAGGGAAGUCAUUUCCCUAGUCAGCUGUCUGGUCCAGUUCUACAUGUUUGCCUCAUUGGUGGCAGCUGAGUGCCUUCUGCUCGCUGCCAUGUCCUAUGACCGUUACCUGGCCAUCUGCCACCCGCUUCACUACCCUGCCCUGAUGAGCACCUGCUUUUGUAGCUGCCUGGCCACUGGUGCUUGGCUUAGUGGCUUCUUCUUCUCUGCCUUCACUCUGGCCCUGGCAGCUCCUCUGUCCCUCUGUCCUGGCAGCAAGGAGAUCGACCACUACUUCUGUGACUUUGCUCCAGUUGUAGGGCUGUUUUGUGGAGAUGUGGGGAUCAUGUGGGGAGCUGGAGUUAGCAUCUCAGGCCUCCUGACCUUGGCCCCCUUUCUGUUGAUCGUGGCAUCUUAUGCCUUCAUCCUGAGGACUGUGCUGCAAAUACCUUCAGGUCAAGGGAGGCAGAAAGCCUUCUCCACCUGUUCCUCCCACCUCAGCGUGGUUGGAGUGUUUUAUGGCACCCUCAUCGCGGUCUAUGUGGCUCCAACAGACCACAUAGCCCCCUUGCUCCGAAAGUCCUUCUCUGUGCUCUACACGGUGCUCACUCCUAUGAUCAACCCCAUCAUCUACAGCCUCAAGAACCAAGAAGUAAAGGGGGCUCUUCAUAGGCUCUGGGGACAGCUCAUCCAGGACAUGCCCCACUGA